CAUCAGUCCAUCACUGUCGGUGUGAGCGGCACAAGACGAGAGAGAGGCACGCGAGGGAGGACGACACGACAAGAGCCGUCACACGCAUCCACUCGACACCAGCAAGUGUUUUACCCAAGAGAGUUCAGAAGGAUCGUAGCAUAGCUCCGAGAACUAUGGGGGGAGGUGACGUUGUUCCCACCUCCUCUGGUACCACUUCUCCGUCGGAUGACGGAUGGACUUUGGUGGGCUCCGCUGAUGGCCGCUCGAGGUCGUCGUCGCCAGCUCAAGGCAGUUCGUCAUCUGCCGAUGUGUUGGCUGCCGAUGCCGAUGUAGUGGCUGCUGAUGUGGCGGCUGCCGAUGCCGAUGUGUUGGCUGCCGAUGCCGAUGUAGUGGCUGCUGAUGUGGCGGCUGCCGAUGCCGAUGUAGCGGCUGCCGAUGCCGAUGUAGCGGCUGCCGAUGCCGAUGUAGCGGCUGCCGAUGCCGAUGUAGCGGCUGCCGAUGCCGAUGUAGCGGCUGCCGAUGAGUUGGCUGCCGAUGCCAAUGUAGCGGACGCCGAUGUGGCGGCUGCCGAUGGUCCGGUGGCCGACAACCCCACAACACCGGCUGACAAUCCCGGCACGUCGGUCGACAAGCUAGCAACCGCUCCAUGCGCAGCAGAUGGUCACACAGAGUGCAACCACGCCGCAGACGACGAGCUGCCGCCGUAUCGUCCGCCAGACUCGCCAACGUACAACCCGAAUCAGCGGCUGCGCUUGCGCGUCUCUCAGCCUCGGCCAUCGCCGCCUGCGAACGACGUCGACCAGCCGCCGCCGCUGCGGGCCCGCUCGUCAAGCAUUGGUUGCCGUCUCCCACAGCCGCAGCCGGAGCCACAGCCGCAGUCGCAUCCGACGUCGCAGUCGCAACCACGCCGCCCGCUUGUCCAGCUUGGCUUCAUUCUGGCAGCGCUCGUCCUUGCGCUGCUUGUCUUCCGCACGCCGAGCUCGGCCGCUGACGCCGAUGCCGUACCGUCGCUUGUGCAUGCACUUGACGUCCACCCGCCGGCCUCGUUCUGUGCCACCCCGCAAUGCCACCAGAUCGUCGCCACCCUCACCGAUGUCUUCCGCGAGUUGCAUGCGCUCCGCCGCUCGGCGAUUCGGAAUCAGCUGGCAAGCGUGCUCGACGAGUACCACGAGGCCGUGAGCGAGCUCGAGACCGACGACGAUGACGUGCUUGCGCUCUACAUGCAAACUGCCAUCCUCCGCGGCUUCCACGCUCGCGCACUCCUCGACCGUGGGGUGGUGGCCGCCGCCGUUUCGCUCCGAGCCCAGAUCGACGAUGCGUCCGACGCCGCCGCGCUCGUUGCGCCCGAGCUCGAGCCUGUGUGGCAGCUCGCCAGUGCUGUCGUCCGAGCCGCAGCCAAGGUCUCCCCAACAGUCACCGCGCCGCGCGAGAGCGAGCUUCCGCGCGGCCGCGAUGAGCUGCACGCGCUGCUCGACGCCGCCGUCACCAACGCCGACAAGCUGGUCGCGGCCGCGCCCGAGCCGAGCCGCGAUCUCGUGGCGGCGCUGAAGAACCGGUACAGCCUCGCCCGCACUGUGGCCGCCAUCCGUCGCAUCCGCGCCCGGCUGGCGGCACUCGGUCACCCUGAGCCGGCACCGACCCCGCCUCCGGCUCGUGGCGGCGCCAAGCACCAUGGCAAACCGUACCGCACCUCAAAGCACACCAGCCACAAGCGCAGCAAGCGAUGGACGCUCGCCGAUGUACUUGCCAGGCUCCAGACCCGGCCGGACAAGAUUCGCAACAUCGACGAGGCCCGCCGUGCGCUUGCGACGGCCACACCCGCACAGGCCGCUGCAGUCGUCGCCGCCACCCGUACCUCGUUUCAGUUCCUCGCCCACAAGGCCGGCUCCAAGACCACCAAGUACAAUGCGCGCAUCAACGAGCUUCACACCGAGCUGCGGGCCAGCCUCCGCGAAGGCUCGCGCACCUCCGGUGAGCUCGCCGACAUCCUCGACCACAUCGAGGGCCUCCGCGCCAAGCUCGCGCGCAAGUCUGCAAAGUGGGAGGCCAAGCGCGAUAGGCUGAUGCAGAUCGCAGGAUAUGCGCUCGCGCAGGCACGGCCAGGCCGCCCCCGUCACCUCGCCGCCACCUUUGUUGCAGACCUCGCCGCCACCCUCCACACCGCCGCCGACUCGGCCACAGCCGCGCUUCGCGACGUCGAGCUCAGUUUCCUCGAUGGCGCGCUCGCCGCGCUCACCGCCGCCGUGCCCUCAGAUGAGCUCUCCGAUGAGGUCACGCGCGCAUCGCGCUCGCUGGGCACCAAGUUGCGUGCCGCAAAGGCCAGUCUCGAGCGCCGUGCCCGCGAGCUCCGCGCCAAGCUUGCCGCCGUCGCCGACGACCUGGGCGCCUCGGCCGACAAGUGGAGCCGCCGCCUCGCCGGCCGGGUCCAUGACGCCGUCAAAGGCAUUUUGUCCCGCGCCCACACCUCGAAGCACACCAGCCACGGCAAGCACACCAGCCACGGCAAGCACACCAGCCACGGCAAGCACACCAGCCACAAGAGCCGCAAGUGGCGUACCCGCAGGUGAGCGAGCACCUCGGUGCUCCGGCAGUUUUCC